AUGCCGAGGGCUCGAUUAGCGAGUUUUGAUGACUGCACCAUCACUGUGGCUUCACCGUUUGCUGAAAAAGGCGCAAGCUCUGAUGUCAAUGGUGUGAUGUCGUCAUCAAGCCCACUCCCGGGAAGCUAUUCCGACGACGAAAAGUUGAUAGAAUCCAGAACAGACCAAUACUUUGGCGACUACAACACUGAACACACAUACGAGCCUCCGAGCACCUCUGACUUCCCCACCUCUGCCUUCCGUGAUACAAGUAUUGAAGAGGAGACCUGGUUGGCACCGUUCCAUGACUACGAUUUACACCAUGACCCUGUGAACGCGCACUACCAACACGACCUCAUAGCCCCCGCGGGUGAAGAUCUAAGACAUGACGCAGACAGGCAGCACCUGUCUCCGCGCGACAGGUUGUUCGACGCAGCCAUCAAAGUGCAGGCUGUAGUCAAAUUAACUAGAGUGCAGAGGUUGAAGAAACGUGCUCGCUGGUUGACCAAGAAAGUGAUCGUCUUCGUGCUGUCCCACGUGGGUCUGACCACUCUAGUGGGUCUCUACGCCGUGGCAGGUGGGUUCAUUUUCCAGAGGCUGGAGAGAAACAUGGGCUUCAUGAACGCGGAGGCGCCCCAGGCUUACAGGGUUGUGGCCAUCAGGGCUAACUCCAGUUUCCCAGACAGGACCAGCUUUGAAGCGCUCAGAGUCAAGCAUGUUGAAGACUUGUGGAACCUAACGCUCAGUCUCAACGUGCUACAACCGGAGGUGUGGAAGGAGAUCGCCAGUGCUGACCUGGAGCUGUUUGAGAAGGACAUCUACCAGGCGAUGCUGCAUCUCGUACGUGACGUGGCCGAGCCGGGGCUGCCCGUAACGACAACGACAGCAAGAAUACCCGGGGAUACACACAGCCAGCCACUGACCACUGACUGGACCUACUCUAGCGCCCUGCUGUUUGCUGUUACUGUGAUUACCACCAUCGGCUACGGCGACACAGUGCCCAGGAGUUGGGAGGCCAAGAUUGUCUGUAUCGUCUACGCUGUGUUCGGCAUCCCUUUGACACUUCUGUGUUUGGCCAACAUUGGCUCUCUGCUAGCCUCCGUUUACCGUUUCACCUGGAAACACGCCUCUCACCUGGCUCUCGUCGUAGUUCGGGCCCCAGAACGCAACAAACCUCUGGUGAGGACCUCCCAGGUGAGGGUCCCAGUGUGGGUCUCUCUGAUGACCAUGAUUGUCUACAUCCUGGGCGGAGCGGCCAUUUUCUCGGAGUGGGAGAACUGGACAUUUCUGGAAGGUUCUUAUUUCUGCUUUAUCACGUUGAGCACUAUUGGGUUUGGAGAUUAUGUCCCUGGAAAGGACACAGAGACCCUGGAUUCGAACGUCAAGCGUGUGGUCUGCGCGCUCUAUCUGCUCUUCGGCCUGGCGCUGCUGUCGAUGAUCUUCCAGUUAAUCCAGGACUCGGUGACCAUCGUCGUUGGGCGCUACGCGAGCUUCUUGGGUCUCAGCGAGGCUCAAAUAGAGAGGGAUAUUCUGGAACCUGAAGUCACCGUGGGUAGAAAGACAGAACCUGCUGAUGGUUGUAUUCUCGAGGACAACGUCGAGACUAAGGAUGAAGUCGCCAUAGGAGACACCGCCAAAACCAUAUUCCCUGUAAGCGUUCCUGAAUUCAGUGAUAAAGAGGUCCUGGACAAACAUUGCAGAUUUGACGAUGCGACUAAUCGUAUGUAUGGUCUUCAACGUGUCCGGUCUCUUCCAAUUCAUAGAACUCCAAGGAAAGCCUACAGGAAUGUCUCCAGACUCUAUUCUGUGCCGGAGGAAAAAGUUCUCAGGGAUAUCUCGUGUUGUUUAGACAAGCCUGGAGGUUCCCUUGAUGUGGUUAUCCAGACAAAUGUCGGAGAUGUCGCCACGAACGGUAGAUAUCGCAAACACAGUCUACCGUCUGUCCUUGUUGACAAAGAGAAGCUGCAGGCAUAA